AUGCUACCUGUCUCCCGGUCACCCCAGUUUUACAAGCCGUACGCGGCGGUAUGCUGCGAGUACAUCGUCACGACCUUCAAUUCCCCCGCCGUCAUCUUGCCACCCGGCCGCGAGCCAAUGAAGCUCGAAGACCUGGUCUGCAAAAUUCUUGCGCGGACCCGGAUUAUGCCCGACGUUGCCUGCAUAGGGCUACUCUACCUCCGGCGACUGAAGGGACAGUUCCCAACCAUAAAGAGCAGCACGGGCGACGCUGCAUUGGUGUUAUGCGUGGCGAUUUUGAUCGCGCAGAAGUACAAUGACGAAACAACAUGGCACGCAGCAAAUCAGUGGUGUCUAGCCACUGGACGUAUUAUACCCUUGAAGACGAUGGUCGCAGCGGAGAAGCACUUCCUGGAGUAUCUCAGUUGGGACUUACGCGUGGAAACGCAGGAUUUGAACGGCUUCAAGGAAGAGAUCGGAUGGCCUCGGUCAAUAGACGUUCCUGAAAUGACAUGGCUACCUUCCGUUCAUUUGCCAUCGGAGGACACCGAGGGUGAGAGUCCUGACCCUCCCGGGAUGCAAGAAGUCACAGAGGAAGACUUGGAAGAAUACUACGAGCACUUCGCUCGCGUGUGCUUUGGCUACAUCUGCGAGUGGUUCCCCUGCUCGUUGCACGUCGUCGCACCGCCAGACCCACCUCGCCGACACCUGCCCAAUUAUAUCGACCUCGAAUCCUUCAUCCGCGGCAUCUUCGUCAGAAAUAUGCUCAGACCGGAGGCCAUAUUUGCAGCCCUCUGCAUCCUGGAACGCGUGAGGCGUACUGUGGCAUCCUUAGAUGCCACACGCGGCGAACAUCUGUUCGUCGCAGCACUCGUCCUCGCAGACGACAUACUCUACGAGGAACAGGCUCUCCACAGUGUCUUCUGGGCAGAGGCCACACAGUUCGUCAUCCCGCUAGAGGUCAUCGACAAGUGUGCGCCCGACCUCUUGCGUCUCCUGCAGUGGAAAGUAGACUUCCCCCCGGAGAUGGUGCCUUCCUUCAAACGAGCCAUAUGCUGGCCUGAAGAUGUCGUGAUGAAGGGAGAGAGGUUCAAGGAGGCAAUGGCGGCUAGGAACGGUGGCAUGCCAAGAGCCCGCCGUCCAAAGCCGGUGGUGUCAAGGGACUGCAAGCCGAAUCGAAGGAGUCUCCCCAACGGGAAGCCGAUACCAUCUGUGUGUCUGACUACGGCUGCAUUCGCACCGUGGGCUGAGCCAAGGAAAAGAGGAUCUUAUGAAGAGAGCGGACCGCCUUUGUGA